AUGUCCACAGAGAAGCGCCUCACAUGUCCACAGAGAAGCACCUCACAUGUCCACAGAGAAGCGCCUCACAUGUCCACAGAGAAGCGCCUCACAUGUCCACAGAGAAGCGCCUCACAUGUCCACAGAGAAGCACCUCACAUGUCCACAGAGAAACACCUCACAUGUCCACAGAGAAGCGCCUCACAUGUCCACAGAGAAGUACCUCACAUGUCCACAGAGAAGCGCCUCACAUGUCCACAGAGAAGCGCCUCACAUGUCCACAGAGAAGCACCUCACAUGUCCACAGAGAAGCGCCUCACAUGUCCACAGAGAAGCACCUCACAUGUCCACAGAGAGAAGCGCCUCACAUGUCCACAGAGAAGCGCCUCACAUGUCCACAGAGAAGCGCCUCACAUGUCCACAGAGAAGCACCUCACAUGUCCACAGAGAAACACCUCACAUGUCCACAGAGAAGCGCCUCACAUGUCCACAGAGAAGUACCUCACAUGUCCACAGAGAAGCGCCUCACAUGUCCACAGAGAAGUACCUCACAUGUCCACAGAGAAGUACCUCACAUGUCCACAGAGAAGCGCCUCACAUGUCCACAGAGAAGCACCUCACAUGUCCACAGAGAAGCGCCUCACAUGUCCACAGAAAAGUACCUCACAUGUCCACAGAGAAGUACCUCACAUGUCCACAGAGAAGUACCUCACAUGUCCACAGAGAAGCACCUCACAUGUCCACAGAGAAGUACCUCACAUGUCCACAGAGAAGUACCUCACAUGUCCACAGAGAAGCACCUCACAUGUCCACAGAGAAGCACCUCACAUGUCCACAGAGAGCGUGUGA